UCCAGCCUUCGUCUCCCGGUAAAACCCUCCCUGAACCCACCCUCUCUCUCUCUCUCUCUCUCUCUCCAUCCAUGGCGGCCUCUGCCUCGAGAAACAUGGUUGUCUUCUUCUUGGGUCUCUUCGUCCUGCUCCUCCCUCUUGUUUCCGGCGGCGCCAUCCACGAGAUCCUGCGCAGCAAGGGCCUGCCGGAGGGGCUUUUACCCAAGGCCGUAAAAUCCUUCUCCCUCGAUGAGAGCGGGCGCCUUGACGUCUAUCUGGAUCGCCCCUGCUACGCCAAGUUCGACAACAGGGUCUUGUUCGACAGCGUUGUGAGAGGUAACCUCAGCUACGGCGCCCUUACUGGCAUGGCCGGCCUGUCCCAGGAAGAGCUUUUCCUGUGGCUCCCCGUCAAGGACAUCAAGGUUGAGGAUCCCGGCUCCGGUGUCAUCCUCUUCGAUAUCGGCGUCGCUCACAAGCAGCUCUCGAUCUCCCUCUUCGAAUAUCCGCCUGACUGCAGCCCGGAGGACGCGGAUCGAAUCGUAACGCCAUCGUCAGGUUUCCUUGGAAGGAAAGCUGGAAGGGAAGGGACGGCUGAACAAAGAUGAACAUCGGAGAGUUUUUUUUUUUUUUUUUUUUUUUUUUUUUUUUUCUUGUUCUGAUGGCCUUUUCAGAUGAUGAUAGUUGUUAGCCUCUGCUAAUUUAGGCUUGUAAAUACAUUGGCGUUGAAGGACCGACUCUUGCCGAUA